AUAAACACCUGUGCGGUUCGUGAACGCUCGUGUUCGUCAGACAGUGAACAAACGUUCGGCUGACAUCAUGGGAACGUUACUAUCGAACCUUCAGAAACGAGUUCAAACAUUUAUAAACGUUUCAGAAAAAAUGUAUAAAUAAUGUUUUUGUGCUAACGUUCUGGGAACAUUAUUAAAGCCCAGAUAUCUCUGGGCGAACGUUAGUUCACGAGAGAACGUUCCUGUUCAACGACUAACGUUUCACUGAGACUCUGACUGUUUUCCAUCAGUGUAAAUGAAAACUAUUUAUAGACUUUAAUGUUGUUUUCUGUAAAUGAGGAUUAAAAAAGAGGGAACCUUCAUCUGUUUCUGUACUGCUUGAAAUGAUCAAACUCACUCGACACACACACAAUGAGCUGAAAGUGAAUGAUUGACAGCUCAAAAUCCUCUGAGCGCUGGGGUCAAAGGUCAACAGAACUUAGAGCAUCUUCAAAUGAACGUGGUUUUCUCUCGGUUGUGUGUGACUGGAAUUAGAAAUCUCUCUCUGAUGGUACCGCUGUUAGUCGCCAUGACAACAGACACAAAAGAACAGCCUCUCCUCAGCAGCUGUUGCCAUGGCAACACCCUGAGACAACAGCAUCAGCUCCGAUGUAACAAACACUUGACAGAUUCAUUACAUCCGCUCAGAUCAUGACACUUGCUGAAGAACAAACCCUGCAGGUCACGUGACACACUGCAUCACUGACGUCACCAGCCGUCCGCACAAUGACAGAUGUUGGCUUUAUAAACGCGCUAAAUAAUGUGUUCCUGAAAACGUAAUGCUUGUAUUAGGGUUAAAAACUAAUGUAUAUGUAAAUAUCAUUGGCUCAAUACGAAAACAAAACAACAAAUCAGUGUUUUAUAAACCCCACCGUGAUUUGUGGCUCUUACAUGAAUAAUUCAUGAGCACAAUCAAAACUGCCACGUCACAGAUUUACAUACUCGGGUCUGAUCUGAGUGCGCGCGCGCGUGUACGUGCUCGAUGGAUGAUGCUGAGAUCGAUUGAUUUGUAAAGCGGAGGACAUGUAUGAGGAGAAGCGAUGGAGGAAAUAAACGACUCGAGAAGGAGAAGAAGGAGGAGAAGAAACGCUUGAUGCGAGGACGCUGAGCUUUGAUCGACUCGGAGAGGCUGAUGAUGUACUUCCUGUCCAUGGAGGGCGAGAAGCCAUCGCUCCACCCCGCUUUCCUCUUCAACGACUCCGACAGGAACGAUUCUUCAACGCCGACGCCGGUCAUGUGCCGUCUGGACUCGUCCUCGUUCCAGACCAACGGCUCGCUGACCUCAUACGACCUGACCUAUGACCUGACCCCGACAGAGGUCACGCUCCUCGGCCUCGUGUUCAGCGUCUUCUGGCUCGUGUCGGUUCUGGGAAACUCGCUAGUGUGUCUGGUGAUCCAUCGCAGCCGCAGAACUCAGUCCACGACCAACUACUUUGUGGUGUCGAUGGCGUGCGCGGACCUGCUGCUUAGCCUAGCCUGCGCGCCGCUAGUUCUGCUCCAGGUGUCGGCGGGUCACUGGCCCCUGACCGCGGCCGCGUGUCGAACCGUACGCUACCUUCAGCACCUGUGCCCCGGCGUCCAGGUGUACGUGCUCCUGUCCAUCUGCGUCGACCGCUUCUACACCAUCGUGUACCCGCUAAGCUUUAAAGUGUCACGCGAGAAGGCUAAGCGCAUGAUUUUAGCGUCAUGGCUGUUCGAUGCCGCCUUCGUGUCGCCGUGUUUGUUCUUCUACGGAUCCACAACUACUCGGAACCACUGCGACUUCUUCCUAGCGGAUAGCUGGGACGGGUUAGCGUACGCAGUCGCGCACCUGCUCUUCGGAUUCCUGGUGCCGGCGCUGCUAAUCGUGUCCUUCUACCAGCGGGUGGUGCGCUACAUCUGGAGGAUCGGCGCCGACGGGCGAACGGUGCGCAGGACCAUGAACAUCGUCCCCAGGACUAAAGUCAAAACCAUUAAGAUGUUCCUAAUGCUAAACGGGAUGUUUCUGCUAAGCUGGACGCCGUUUUACGUGGCGCAGUUGUGGCACCCGUCGGGCUCCGGCAGACAGGGGGCGCUGUUCUUCAUCGCCGUGGCCUGGAUCUCCUUCAGCUCCACCGCGUCCAAACCCACGCUCUACUCCGUGUACAACGCUAACUUCCGGCGCGGCAUGAGAGAGACCUUCUGCAUGUCGUCUAUGAAGUGCUACCGCAGUAACGCCUACACCAUCACCGCUAGCUCGCGGAUCGCGAAAAAGAACUACGUCGGCGUGGUGGAUCUGCCGGUGCCGGCAAAGACACUCGUCAAAGACUCGGUUUACGACACUUUCGACCGAGAAGCAAAGGAGAAGAAAUUAGCAUGGCCCAUUAGCGCUAACCCACCCAACACUUUUGUGUAAAGGCUCUCUUUUGUCGUAACGCAACAGUUCACGCAGAAAUGAACAUUAAUUCG